UUUCAAAGGAUUCGAAUCACUUGGUGAAUCAGUCCACAACACCAGCGACUUAAAAUGUUAAACGCAAAAACAAAGUUUGCGAGUUCGUUAGUUUCGAUUUCAAGUCUGGAGUACGUUUAGUCUGCUUUAUAAAGUCAAUCAGGUGUAGUAACAAAAAUGGACAUAAAAUUCAACAUGUUUUGAUUGUUGUUAUUGGCCUUAGCAGUUGUGAAGAAGCUGUUGGACUGGAUUUGUAAAGCCUCUUACGCCGCUGGAUCUUAAAGACCGUCUUGUUUACACUACAGGGUAAUGCUUCGUCAAGGGAAAAGUGUACUGGAAAUCUCUUCGGGUUACAAGUGGAUUCAAUACUUUAAGUAAGACUUUACCAAACACUGAACACGCAAAAAACAAGGCGCUGGUAUUUUUUAAAGUCUUACAAGGGAAAACUAUGGCCGAGACGAACCGGACCGAGGUGUAUGUUUACGAACAGGUUGUUAUUCUGACAUCAUGUGUACUUUCGUUUUUUGGCUCACUUUUAAUUAUAUGCACAUUUGCAAGAUGGCUCGAUCUGAGAACUACACCGAGAAAACUCCUCGUUUAUCUGUCUGUCACGGACCUUCUGUCUGCACUGUCUUACUUUUACGGAGUUUUGGUUGUUUUUGAGACUGAUUCUGCAGAUUGUAUUGCGCAAGGAGCAAUUUCCACAUUCGCCAACACUAGCUCAUUCUUCUGGACCGUGGCUAUUGCUGUAUACCUAUACGUUUUUAUUGUGAAGUCCAGCCAGAGACAGGCCGACAACUUGGUGCUGUAUUUUCAUCUUAUCAGCUGGGGAGUUCCUUUUGCCAUCACUGUGGCAGCCCUGUCCCUGCACAAGAUCGGCUAUGAUGCCUCUGAAGUGUCUGUUGGCUGGUGCUGGGUGGACAUCCAGGCUAAAGACCAUGUGCUGUGGAUGCUGCUCACGGCUAAGAUCUGGGAGUUCAUUGCCUAUGUCACACUGCCAGUCCUGUACAUCCUUAUAAAGUUACACAUUCACAGAGCACAUGCAGCCCUGUCUGAGUACCGUCCCAUCCUGACCAGCAGCCCUGUGUCUAACUCAUCAUCUUCCAUGGCAGACAGGAAGCUUACCCUUAUCCCCAUCAUCUUUAUCAUGCUCCGCAUGUGGAGCACCAUCCGCUUCCUGCUCCUGGUGACCGACUCGCCUGCAGGACACAACCCAGUGUUGGUCACCUUGCAUGGAAUUGGAAACACCUUUCAAGGAGCUGCGAACUGCAUCAUGUUUGUGCUGUUGACUCCCUCGAUUCGUUCACGACUGGUGGCUCUGCUCUGCUGCAGAGGUCAGGACGGACGCUGGCGCUCAGAAUCAGCAUCCCAGAACAGGACAGGUGCAUACACGCCUUCACACAGGGAUGAAAACACCAGUGAGGGGUAAAAGCUGCUAUGAUCCUGCAUCUACUGUGGCACAUUUAACUCUAUUUGAAUGCACAAGGCUGGAGUGACUUUACGGCGUUGUUGGAGUUGUAUCAGAGCCUUACACUCAGCCUUCUUGUUUGACCAAGCGCCUUCACGGAUUACAGGGGACUGCGGUCACAUGCACCAAACCCGCAGAGCAUUGAACACAAACGCACUUUCUGUUACCGGUUUAGCUCAGCACUUUAGGCGAGAGGCUUUCUGUCUUCCGAAUCUGUUUUCAUUCUGCUGCCGCAGAUAUCUCAUGUUCAUUUAAAUAGAAAUGAGAUCUGUAGCUCAGGGGAAGCGAGGGAUACAGCAGUUUAUUAUCUAGUGACCAAAACGGCAAAUGUACUGUGAAGUGUUUUUACAAGGGAUUUGUUUUCCCUCUUUCUCUCAGCAAAGCACAUGCAUUCUUAAUGCAGUGUUAUUACAUUUGAUGUGUAUUUUUAAAGCAUGAUUUAUGUUUAUGUGAUGUAUUUAUAUGUACAAACGUAUCAUUUCUUUUCACUUUUUUCACUUUUCUUUGUAUUGAGUCACAUUUAUUUUUUCACACAAUGCCUUAACACCUUUGAAACAAUAGGGAAGAAGUGCCUUUUAAUCUUUGUAUAUGUAGUUAUGAAUAUGUAUCAUAGUUAUAUUUUAUCAGCAUAUCAGUUGAUUUCAAUAAAGCGAUUCAUU